CGGAGAGCAGACAGCACCCCAAGAAGAGCCCAGAGCAGCACAGUCAGAGCCGUGAAAGCAGAACCAUGGAGCAGUACUUCUCAGCCACCCAGAAGAUGGAGCAGGAGGUGAUGUUCCCCAGCCUGCUCCGAGGGGUCUUCCCGCAGCAGGAGGGGGCGGCCCCGGCCACGGGCGGCCACACGGACCUCUAUGAGCGCUACCAGCUCCUCAAGUCCAUCAAGCCCAUGGUGGAGAAAGGGCUGGCCUCUGUCAACGACCAGAGCCCAACCAGCACUGACGCUGAUACAGCCUUAGAUGAGGGUGCAGACAACAAUCUGGAAGAGCGUCUCUCCCAUCACGUCAACGGCUUGCAGCAGGUUCUGACAGACCUCACCAAAAACACCAAAGCCCUCACCCGGAGGUACAGCCAGAUCCUGGAGCAGAUCAACCUGGGUGAAGAUCAGUCCAGCUCUUGAGCCUGCACCCCCAGCCUCUGAGGGUGAUCUGUUGUCCGCAGCCCAGCGGCAUGUUUUUGUCUCCUGCGCCAAGUCCCACCGAGGAACAUCCUUCGUGAGCAGCGCAGAGCUUGGUCAUCUGCCCGCCGGGCGCUGCCUGUACCGUCCACCUCGUCCUGCGGCCCGUCCUGCUGGCCACCUCGUUGCUUCAUCCCACCCCUGUCCCAGGGGGAUUUCUGUGGGGGCAGGAGCGAGUGUUUCGUGUUAUUGCUUUGUAGAAGACAUCUGUAACUUUGAAGUGAGGCUUUUUUUCCCCUUUCCCCCCCCGCCCCCCGCUGUGCGUGCCUAAACCCUCCCAAUCAGUCUCUUUGAGAAUGUAAAUAAAACACAAAGCGUUGUGCAA